GAGCCAAUCUGCAAAAACGCGGGCUAUCUGGUAGGAAUCCUGUCGGUGUGGAUAGGGAGCCAAGCGCGUCAUUAGCGGCCAACACAGCGUGCGACUAGUAGAGCCGGGCGAUCAUGUCAGCAGCGGACUUAGAGCCGUCGGGCGAGGCAGCAGGUGAGGCGUGGAUACGAGUCGACGACGCACCGAGGCCCCGUGGAAAUGGCAAAAGGAGCGCCCUCGUACCGGGAGUCAGCUGGCCUGGCCCGCCGUUCGGACAACAGCAGCGGCAGCGGGGCGAGGCGAGGCGGGCGGCGGUGACGGACGGCACGCAGUGCUUCUUCCCGGCGCGGCUGUCCAAGUACUUCCCGUUCGGCUCGCUGCUCGCCUUCAACUUCGUCCUCGUGCUGGCGUCGUGCGCGGGGGACGCGGCGAGUCAGAAGACGGCGAUCACGGUGGCGCUCGUCUGGUGCCUGCUCUCCUCCACGCUCCUCGCAUUCCUCAAACGCCUGCCGCCCAACUCUAACCAGCACGGCGGCGCGCGGGUGUUCCGCACGUCGACGGCGGACUUUGUGCUGAUGUGCGACGCGCACGUGGCGGGGCACGCCGCCAUCUCCGCCGUGGCGUUCACGUCGCUCGGCUUCUUCUCCGAGUCCGUCCGCCACCCUCUCUUCCCAGGCGUGGAGCCGCUGUGGUUCCUGGCGGCGCAGUACGUGCUGCUGCUGCUGGCGUGCCUGCUCACGCUGGUCGUCAUCGACGCCACGCCCGGCCUCACCACCAUCCCCUUCCCCUUCGCCCUCCCCGCCUCCCCGCCAUGCAACCACCAUUGCGCGCAUGCCUGCCCCCCCAACCGCGCCUGCCUGCCUCUGCCCCCAUCUGCUCUCCCGCGCUCCACCGACCUCCGCUCCUCUGGCGGCUCCGCGCUUCUCGCCACCAGUGCCGCCGCGACUGCUGGCGGAAAAUCGGGAGACCUGGCGUGCAGCGCCACUCCGCGGAGAACCCCCUCGCGCACCCCCUACCUCCUGCAGCUGGCGCGCGAGGCGGGUGCGCCAGUCGCGCCAAUGCCCCCCGACGCGCUGCUGUCCGCGGAAGCUGGGCAAGCGGCAGGAAUAAAGGGAGCCACGGAGGAGGUCGGAGGGAAUGAGGGCGCGCGUGGGGGUGUCGCAGGAGAAGGGGACGAACGGCGGACAGUGGCGGCGGCAACGAGGGGUGCGGCGGAUUGGGGGGGAAGGCAAGAGACGAGGGGGGCCGGCGACACAGAGGUGACAGGCGGAAACAAGGCAGGGGAGAGAACAGCGGCCGGGGAAAGCGUUAAAACGUCGAAAACAGAUGCGGAAAAGAGAGGAGCAGACGAGGCCGCGAGGGAUGCGGGAGAAAGCAGCGAGGGGAGGGAGACGGACAGGGUGGGCCGGCCUGAGCCGGAGGCGCAGACGGAUGAGAGCGGCGGUGGGGAGAACCGUGAGAGUGUUGCUGAGGGGACAUCCAUGCCAUCCGCCCUGCCGCAGCUGUCGCCGCCGGCUUCGACAGCAGGGGAAGCAGGCGCGCAGGAAGAGCGACAGGGCGUGCGCGACGGCGACAUCAGCCCUUCAAAUCCGCCUCUGGUGGCCGUCGCACCGCCGCCGCCAACCCCUGCGGCUGUGCUUGCCGUGCCAUGCCCGUCAGCAGCAGUGGCAGCAGCAGAAGCAGAAAAUCCAGACGCAGCGGCAGAAGCAGAAGCAGAAGCAGAAGCAGAAGCAGAAGCAGAAGCAGAAGCAGAAGCAGAAGCAGGAGCAGAAGCAGAAGCAGAAGCAGAAGCAGAAGCAGAAGAAGGAGCAGAAGCAGAAGAAGGAGCAGAAGCGGAACCAGAGACAGAAACAGCGGAAGAAGCAGCAGAAACAGAAGCGGAAGCAGCGGCGAAGAAGGAAGCAGAGGCAGUGGAGGAGGAAGUUGGUAGCAAAGCGAUUGACGCGUCCACAGCCAGCUCGCCUGCGCGUGCCGGCCAGCCUGCCCGCAGAGCGACGCCAGUGAGCAGUGGGGGGCUGCAGACGAACCAGGGCGCCCCAGUCGGGGAUCCCCCAGCCACUGCUGUUCCCGCACGUGUUGCCAACGCAGCUGUUGCGAAGGCCGUUGGCUCCGCUGCUGCUGCGGCUGCUACUGGCAGCAGAGGGGUCAGCAGCGGCGGUGGCGGGGCGAGGGCAGGAGGUGGGGGCGCAUGGGCGAGGGCGAGCGGCAGGCGGGAGCUCAGGGCGAGGGGUGUGAGAGAGGAAAGGGGUGGAGGAGGUGCAGGUGGGAAGACGGACAGGGAGAAGAGCGAGCGGAGCGCAGGAGGUGGAGAGGAGGCAGAGGGGGGAGGUACGCCUGCAGUGGUGGCGGAGGAGAGCAUGGCAGAGAGUGGGACAGGGCUGCGCAAUGAGGGAGUGGGGGAGCAGCAGAAGAGAGCGGAGGCAGCACAUGGCGAGAACCCAGCAGACGGCGACAAUGCAGCAGAUGAGGAUGGUGAGGAGGUGGGGGAGGAAGCAGGUGGUCAGGUGCCAGAGAAGGAGAGGGAGAGUGCAGGGAAGGGUGAGGAGGUGCGGGCAGCGGGAGGAGGGGAGGGGGGAGAGGGAGUGCGGGAGGAGAUGACGCGGCGGCUGGUGCUGGCGCGCUUUCACAGCCUCGUCAGCCACGUCAAGAAGGCCGCGGCUGCUCUCGUGCAAGCCCAGGAAGGCGCAUGCGGCACGGAGGGCAGCAGUGGUGGCACCGGGAGUCCAGGAGGGGGCGCGGGGAGAGGGGCAGGUGGCGAUGGGAGCAGGGAGGGGGGCGGUGAGGAGGGUUCGAGGGCUUUGUACGAGGGGGCGGUGCAGCAGGUGGGGCGCAUGGUGGCGGCGAUGGCAGGCAUGGGCAUGCACGAGGAUGUGGUGGCGUGGCUUGCAUGCGACAGCCAGCUGCUUUCCCUACUCUCCUCCCCGCGCCCCCUUCCCCCCUCCCCUUCCCCCUCCCCUCCCCUACUCCCCCCUCACCACUUCCCCACGUGUUCCCCUCCUAAGCCUUCACCAGCAUCCUCCAGCCCUCUCCACCGCCCCUCGCCCCCUUUGUCUCCCUCGUGCUGCUGCCUGUCAUGCGCCUCCUCCCCUCCCUCCCCCCGCUCUCCCCCACCCGCCUCCUCUUCCUGCGCCUCUGGCUUCCUCCUCUCUCCUACAUCCCCCGUCCGCUGCGGUGCACGCAGCAUUGGGGGGAGUGCUGGGGGCAUUGGAGGAGGAGGAGAAGGCAGAGGUUGAGGUGAUGGUGGGGGCAGUAACGAGGGUGUGGGAAGGGGAGGCAGUAGAUGUGCAGGAUGGUGAUGGCCAGUAGAAAAAAGUGUUCGGAGUGCGUAGGUGUUCAAGGGUGUUUUGCAUCCCACUGCCAUCAGGAAUGGAUGAUGUAAGAUAGAUACCGUUAGAGCAUGAUGUGGGCUGUGCUGGUGGCAGCUGACUUGACCUGGCGAUUCUUGACACUGUAGAGUGCUUUGUAGGUGACGGAAGCAACACCAGCCUUGCUGGAAGGGGGCUUCUGUGAAUGAGGUCAGGGUUCCCGUUAGCAGACGAAAUCCGUCUGUUCAUCUGAGAAUCAGACUCACAUUUUCCGUGUCAUCUGAUUUUUUGACAACCAUUAAUUUUCCAUCUGAACGACCAUC